AUGGCGUCGUGGAAGAACAAUUAUGAGUAUCUAGCAGAAGUGAUUGCACAUCGCCGUCGCCAAGGUGGACGCUCUGAGUACAAAUUACGUUAUGUGUGGGAUCGGGUGAUCGAAUGGACUCCGGCCAGCCGUUUGCGCAAAGCCACUCAAUUCGAAAUUGAUUAUGUCCUGAAAUUCUGUCGUGAGCAUAACAAUGGUGUUACAAAAAGGCCUGCUAACAUACAGAGACCUCCAGCUGUCAACAAUAGCGAUGUAGCCACUCUUUCCUCACGCAAGGAUACCGAUACAAUCAAGGAGGUUUCUUCUCCGGCUACUCGAUCACAGUCAAGGCGAACAGAUCCUCCCAAUCGGGAUUUUAGGAUGUCUACUGAGACUGUUUCGGGGGAUGAGCCUCCCAAUCACGGUAGCAGUGCAACUUCAGAGCCCAAGACAACGACGCCUCCGUCUCUCUUCGACAAGGUUGAACACGAUGAUAUGCUGUAUGACCGCAGUGUGGCACAAUUUCACGAAGCAUGUCGUAAGCGUAGGGAGCUGAAGAGACAGGCAAUCGAGGCAGAGAAAACACAGGAGAAAAUUGAACCCAGUACACCAGUAAGAGGGUCAGUAAAUGGUGGUAAAAGAUCGCAUCCCGCUCUCUCACCUGAAUGUCAUUCGCUUAAACCGAUUAAACUUGCUUCCAGUCCUGAUGUAGUAGAAAAACCGAGUAAGGUUCCACGUUUGUCCGAUACCAAGAACGUAAAGCUGGUGAACUCUAAGCCUUCGUCCAAUAGUAAGAAGGCUGAAAGCCCGUUGCUUGCGGUCGACUAA